AUGACUUCCACAAAGGUGCCUGUGGGCCUGAGGCAGAGCAGGACUGCUAUAAAAGGCAGCCCAAGUCUCUGCUCCCUCAACCACUUUUCUCACCUCCUUCUCCUCAGGAAUCAGGUGCAGCCCCAGGCUCGAGACAUGUCGUGCCCUGAGAAGUGCCAGCAGUGCCAGCCCUGCAACCCUUGCUGCCAGCCCUGCGGGCCCACCCCGCUGGCCAACAGCUGCAAUGAGUGCUGUGUCAGGCAGUGCCAGAGCUCCACCGUCGUCAUUGAACCUCCUGCUGUGCUGGUGACCCUGCCCGGGCCCAUCCUCAGCUCCUUCCCACAGAACACCGUGGUGGGAUCCUCCACCUCCGCUGCCGUUGGCAGCAUCCUCAGCUGUGACGGAGUGCCCAUCAACUCCGGGGGCUUUGACCUCUCCUGCAUCACCAGCUGCUACCCUUCCAGAUGUGGGCCCUGCUAA